AGAAAGAAGUUUUUGCCCUUUUUGUUUUUAUGGUUUCAGGCCGUUGGAUCUUGUGAGGUUCAUUGAAGGUCGUUGGAUUAAGAGAGAUACUAAAACCCAAAACCCUCAGCCCUCUUCAUUCUGCCACUUUGACAACGCUGGUUUAUUAUUGUGGUGAACAUCCCCGCCGUCGUCCCUGGCCACCACUCUUUACUACGACCACCGCUGACACAGUUUGCGGGUUUGGAUAGCAUAGAAGGCCAAAAAUGGCAACUCAGCAAGAAGGAGAAGCAUCUCAGCAAACCACAAGUACUCCAGCUACCAGUCUAACGGAACUGGUGCGGGAAAGAUAUCAGAAAAUGAAGGAGCAUGCUGAAACUUAUCCUUAUGUUUGGGCGUCGUACACACUUGUUUAUGGUGGUUUGGCACUUUGGACUGCUUACAGAUGGAGAAAGCUUCGCAAGACUGAGGACAGAGUUCGAGUCCUCCAAGAGAGACUCCGCAAACUUAUUGAAAAUGAGGAAGCUGCAAACUCUGCUAAAUCCGUUUCAAAGGCUCCGACAUCUGUUGAUAAAACACCUAGGUAGUGCAAGUUUCUUUUAUGUAGGAAAAAGAAAUUAUUCAGAUUUGGACUGCAUGACCGAUAAUUUUGUCAAAUUACUGAGUAAUGAAGAUAGUGUAAAAAACUUUACAUUAUUAUUAUUUUUUAUCACAUUUAUAUUAAUUUUCUCAAAAUGGGGAUUUAAGACA